CAGAAUGUUUGGCUCCCUGAAAGUGUAUAAAAAUGCACUUAUGCUGCUGCCCCGUGCACCAGCUGCCAGCUCUCUCUUGAUUCGUGAGCAGAAGACCAUGCCGGUGUACGAUGAUGUCCGUAAGAAGCCUGCCAAGCGUGGCUACUCACCGUUUGGACGGAAUCAGAACUCCUGGUCGGAGUGGACGCUGGCUAGGAUGGACGAUCUGCUGAACUGGGGCCGCAAGGGGUCCAUGUGGCCUAUGACCUUUGGCCUGGCCUGCUGUGCCGUCGAAAUGAUGCACAUUGCAGCCCCUCGCUACGACAUGGACCGCUUCGGCAUGGUCUUUCGCGCCUCACCCCGUCAGACGGACGUGAUGAUUGUGGCCGGAACGCUGACCAACAAGAUGGCGCCAGCGCUGCGUAAGGUGUACGACCAAAUGCCCGAGCCACGUUGGGUCAUCUCCAUGGGGAGCUGCGCCAACGGCGGCGGCUACUAUCACUACUCCUACUCUGUGGUUCGCGGCUGCGACCGCAUUGUCCCAGUGGAUAUCUACGUGCCGGGGUGCCCGCCCACUGCCGAGGCUGUACUGUACGGCCUUUUGCAGUUGCAAAAGAAGGUUCGCCGCAUGCGGACCCUCCAGAUGUGGUACCGAAAGUAAACCGAUCCAAUGUAAUGUUAGAAAAAG